UUACGUUCGGUGGUUUGGGAUUCCAACCGUAAGUAGUUCGUGAAUCAUCUUUUUUCAAUGUCCAUUUACUUAACUAUCGAACCGUUCUGUCAGCGUCGCUGGAGCAACAGAAGCAAACACUGAUGUAAUGACGUUUCGUUAGAAAGAAAGCCAAACGUCAGAAACGCCCGCGGGAACGUUUGACACGGUUGACUGGUUUCGUCAAAUGAAUGGCCAAAUAGCUCCGGGAUCACGUGAUGGACUGAGUACAACAACUGUUGGGAUAGUUUAAUGUCGGUGAUUAAUUUUUAAUAAUUUAUUACAAUAAUCAACCAUGAUCCGCAUAUACAGAUUAAAAACAAAACAAGUUUACCGACAUAUUCACGCUCGGACCUGCACUUUCAGAUGACGAGAUUUCACUAGAAGAACAUAUGAUACAGCACCUGCUAACCUGCACGUGUUGACCAUCCCCUCCGUUCAAAAUGUCCACGAACACAGAGUCUAUAAAAGUCGUGGUGCGUUGUCGUCCUAUGAAUGACAAAGAAAGGGCAGCCACAUUUGAGAGUGUGGUCUCAGUUGAUGUCAAAUUAGGGCAAAUUAUUGUCAGGAAUCCAAGAGAAUCUUUGUCAUGCAAGUCAUCAAAAGUGUUCACUUUUGAUUCGGUCUACAACUGGAAGUCAAAGCAAAUUGAGCUAUACGAUGAAAGCUUUAGGCCUCUUGUGGAUUCAGUUCUACAAGGAUUUAAUGGGACCAUCUUUGCAUACGGACAAACAGGCACAGGGAAAACAUACACCAUGGAGGGUACAAGAAAUGAUCCGGAAAGGAGAGGUGUUAUCCCCAACUCAUUUGACCACAUCUUCACUCACAUCUCAAGAUCUCAGAAUCAGCAGUACCUGGUGCGCGCAUCAUAUCUGGAGAUUUACCAAGAAGAGAUCAGAGAUUUACUCUCCAAGGACCAAGCACGGCAACUUGAGCUGAGAGAGAGGCCGGACACUGGUGUUUAUGUUAAAAAUCUGUCAUCGUUUGUCACCAGGAGUAAAGAGGAGAUCGAAAACGUAAUGAAUGUGGGCAAUCAGAAUCGCUCAGUGGGCUCCACCAACAUGAACGAACACAGCUCCCGUUCUCAUGCCAUCUUUGUCAUCACCGUAGAAUGCAGUGAAUUGGGACUGGAUGGGGAGAACCACAUCCGAGUUGGCAAACUCAAUCUGGUGGAUCUAGCCGGUAGCGAAAGGCAGACCAAGACUGGGGCACAGGGGGAAAGGCUGAAAGAAGCUACUAAAAUCAACCUGUCACUUUCUGCUUUAGGGAAUGUCAUAUCGGCUCUCGUGGAUGGCAGGAGCAGCCACAUCCCUUACAGAGAUUCUAAACUGACCCGCCUUUUACAGGACUCCCUCGGAGGUAACGCCCGCACUGUCAUGGUGGCCAACAUUGGCCCAGCAUCUUACAACCUGGAAGAGACUUUAACAACACUGCACUACUCCAGCAGAGCGAAGAACAUCAAGAAUACACCAUGCAUCAAUGAGGACCCCAAAGACGCACAGCUCAGGAAGUUUCAGGAGGAGAUUGCGAGACUGAAGGCGCAGCUGGAAAAGCGUACGGGGAAGAAAAACAGAAGGCACAAGAGGAGGGCCGGCGAUUGUAGCGAUGGUGAGAAUCAGGAAGAGGAGAGUGGAGAUGAUGAUGUUGACAAUAAGGAUGACGAAAAUAAGGAAAAGGACAACAAAGGGGAUUAUUGGAGGGAACAGCAGGAGAUGCUGGAGAAAGAGAGGAAAGCCAUCAUGGAGGAUCACAGCCUGGUGGCUGAGGAGAAAGUUCAACUCCUACAAGAGAAGGAGAAGAAAAUGGCUGACCUGAAAAGGGAGCAGAAAGAGGGAGAGCUCCUGGCAACCAAAAUUAAGACAAUGGAGAGUAAACUCCUCGUUGGGGGGAAGAACAUUGUGGAUCAUACAAACGAGCAGCAGAGGAUGCUGGAGUUGAAAAGACAAGAAAUUGACGAACAGAAAUGGAAAGAGCGAGAGAUGCGACAACAGAUGGAGAGUCGAGACGAGGAGAAUCUGGAGCUAAAAGAAACCUACACUUCUCUACAGCAGGAAGUUGACAUUAAAACCAAGAAAGUGAAAAAGUUGUUUGCCAAACUGGAGGCUGUGAAGGCAGAAAUCCACGAAAUCCAGGAGGCACACAUCAGUGCACGCCAGCAGCUGGAACAGACCCAGAACGAACUUACCAGGGACCUAAAACUCAAGUCUCAGAUGAUUGACAAUUUUAUUCCGCUGGAAGACAAAAACAAAAUAGUCACCAGAGCUUAUUUUGACGAAGAGGAUGAAUACUGGAAGAUGAAGCCAAUCACACGUGUUGAGCAUGAUCCUCGGAUGAUGAACAGGCCGCAGUCUGCCGUCGGAUUCAGAAGACCUCUCAGUCACCAUGCUCGCAUGGCCAUGAUGCUCAGCCUUGACAUGAGAUACAAAGCUGAAAACAUCCUGUUGCUCGAAAUGGAUCUCCCGUCUCGGACCACCAAAAACUAUCAGCAGCCAGUAAUUGCCCCAAAGGUGGUGGCAGCUCUGAAGGAUGCUCUUAAGGAUGAGGACGAUCUCGAGGUGGAUGCAUCAGGGUUUGAUUGUAGCCUUUCACCUGUCGCCAGUGCAAGUGGAAGCAUCAGGAAACCAAAGUCUGGUCGAUCAAGAACAAGCAAGCAGUUGAACACUCGCACUGCCUCUUGCAGCCCUCAAAAUCUUACCUCUCCAAUGUACCCACAAUCCCGCGGGCUGGUUCCCAAGUGAUGCUGCAGUCUGCCAACAACUCUUCUUGUGCAUGUUUUAUCGCUGAAAUAUGAGCCAACAGAGACUGGACGGUAAUAUAAAGCAUCAUUUUCAUAUGCGUGAAUAUGAGACACACAAAAAUAUGUGAGUAUUGCAUUAUGUUUUCAUAAAAAAG